AAACUAUAUCAAUUAAAUUUCAAACAAUUGCAUUAUAUUUUAAUUUAAUUGCUGAAAGUGUGUGUAUCAUGGUCCCAAUGGGAUUCAAAUUGUUAUUCGAGCAGAGGUCAUUGAAGAGGUGGCUCAGGCUAUUAUGAGAGUUCCAAUUGGUCCCCCGGAGGCGGAGGAUAAGUGGAUAUGGAGGUACACCGAUUCAGGCUCCUACACCAUGAGAUCAGCCUAUAGAGCCUUUCGAGAAGCGAGGGACAGAAGUAUUCAUCUUGUCAAUGAUGAUGGAGCUCGACCCAAUAGACAGGACAGGAUUGGAGGUGGCUAUGGUCACUUUCACUUCCUCCCAAGCUCCGGUUCUUCAUUUGGAAAAGCUCGAAAAAUGCUCUUGCAACUCAAGCACGCCUUUUCUCGCGCGAGUGUGCUCCAGCCUCCACCUGCCCUUUAUGCAAUUAUCAGGAUGAGACUGUUCUCCAUUGUUUUUUUCAUUGUCAGCAUGCUCAUAACACAUGGUUACUCUGUGGAUUACUGACAACCUUUCUUGAUCCUGAUAUGUCCUUUGCAUAGUGGUUCUUUAGCCUCGAUGAUCAAAUGUCGGAUGAGCAGAUUGCCCGCCUUGUCUGCUGUUUAUGGAGUAUUUGGAAGGCUCGAAAUGGUUUCAUCUUUGAGAGCAGGGCUAUUUCCCCAGCCAUCACGACGACUUUAGUUAAUCGUGAAUUCAUGAACAUCAACGAAGCUUGAGAGACAACCUCACUGUCCUCGAUCCUGAGAUCAGCUAGUUGUCAUUCACAGCCUAGGGGAUCCCGUCGAAACCCCUCACCACCGCCUGGCCCUUUUGAACGAAUUGUGCACUGUGACGGCUCCUUUGUUUCGGAGUCUCAGUUGGCGGCUUGUGGGAUUACCAUUGCUUAUGCCCAUGAUCAGGUUAUUGACGGCAAGGCUGAGAGAUUCUAUUGUUCCUACCCGAUUCAGGCAGAAGCAUUUGCUAUUCUGGGUGUUGUGGUGUUGGCGGCCCAAGAGUCAUGUCUGACGUGUAUCAAAAGCGACUGCCAACGUUUGAUUGUGGCUUUUAUUCAAGACCCCUGCGUUUGGCCUUGGCAAUGUCGUGCGACCCUGUCCCGGAUUGUGUCUCUUCUUCAGGGGGCUCCUUGGAUCAAGUUGUCCUUCGUUCCUCGGCGAUUUAAUUCUCUUGCAGAUUGGGUCGCUAGGAAUGCUCGACUUGAUCUCUUACCACAGGAUUGGAUUGUCAUUGCAAAUUUGAUUUCGCCCUUGUUGUAACCUUUUGUUUCUGCUGGUCUGGUUUGGUAUAAUAGAAGAUGUUUCAUUGUAAAAAAAAAUAUCAAAUUGCAAGCCAAUUACAUAGAUCAACAUAAACACCUUUAUUAUUUGGCGGCACCUCUAAAAGGUUUCUCCCUCCCUUUUAAACUGUCCAACACGAUAUGAGCUUCUUCGUAGUAGGAGUAUUUUUCAUUCGAUUUGAUUGGAUCGAUUGAGCUUUACUAUGGGCUAUGUGGACUCUAGUAAACUAAUAAACUACCCAUCAGAAAAACGAGACUAUACAUAUUAUGAGCAACUCAGAGAGUUAAAAUAAAUGGGUAAAUAUAAU